CUAGUGUUUAAACUUUGCUCAAAAACACAACUUUGGAAACAAGUCAAGUAUUUUUCCUUCUUCUUUUUCUUCUUUUGGUCCCAAAAGUACAAACUUUUUCUUGUCAUCCAAACAAAAAUGGAGAGCAUAACAGAAGAACAGCUGAUUCAAAUGGUGAGAGAUUUCAUAGAAUCAGAAUCAUCAUCAGCACCACAGAUUUCAGCUAUUUCAUCCUCAGAACCUCAACCCUCUUAUGAUGACACUUUAGAGGAGAUGAUAUGGAGAGAGACAACAGAUAUUGAGGUUGAAAUCCUUGAGAAAAUUCUCAUGUACAUGAGAAACAUAGAAAGCUUAAUAAUAGAGCCCCAAAAUCUAAAGAAAUGGGUAGUUUUGUGGCUCAAAAUGGAUGGUUAUGAAGCCUCACUCUGUAAAACUACUUGGGUUUUUUUCAAUGGAGGAGCCAAAGGUCACUAUGAAUUUCUUGAUGUUAUUACAAAUGGUACAAGAGUAAUAAUAGACUUGGAAUUUAGGUCUCAAUUUGAAUUGGCUAGGCCAACACAAAGAUACAAAAAGUUGAUUGAAGCUCUUCCUUCAUUUUUUAUUGGAACUGAAGAGAAACUUGGGAAUGUUGUCACUCUUUUAUGCUCAGCUGCAAAGGAGUCACUCAAAGAGAGUGGGCUCCAUAUUCCACCAUGGAGGAAAGAUACUUACAUGCAUUCCAAAUGGUUCUCGGAAAAUUGCAAGAAAAUUUCCUUCUCACCAAACACUACUACUACUACUACUAUUACCACCAUGGAAUAAGAAAUUUUUGAGAGAAUAUAUUGGAAAAAUUUGAUCUUGAUGGAGAAUUAUCAUGUGGGCAACUCUGAUUUUCCCGGAAAAGUAGAGCAAUACUACAAUGAGAAAAAGAUUUUUUUUUUUUUGAAAAUGGGUAUAUUUAGUCUAUAUACAUAUAUAUAGGAAAAAACACUAGAACUAUAUUAUCAAAGGAAGGUUUGUGUUUUUGGAACUUUGGAUCAAUUUUGUAGAGACAGAUCUCAAAGUUUUGAUCUUUGUUGUUUGUAACUCGUUUCUGAAUGUAACUUAAUUAUCUCUUAAAAAUAUAUUAAUUAUAUAAAAAUUGAGCUACUAAUUAUAA